AUGGUUUCUCAAAUCUUCCCUCUCGUGGUGCUAGCCACUACAGUCUUGGCCCACCCUCAACGACAUCAUCAUGGGCAUUUCCAUGGUACCGGCACUGGCGGGGCUGCCGCACCUACUGGCGGUGCAUUCCCCCUGAACAACACGAUUUGGACCAACAGCACAGGCCUUAAUGGCUCUGCUAUCGAGUCUCCAACUGCUGCUACUGCUGUCUUGACUGUCACUGUGAGUCCGCUCCCCUUGGAGUCCUCGACCGGCAAUGACUCCACUGCUUUCUCCAGCGUUCCUGUUGCCAACGCGGCUGCGACGAGUCCAGCAGCUAUCGCACCUGUUUUGUCCAGUUCCAGUUCUUGUACUUCGAUCUUGAUUUCAACCAUUACCAGCACUACCGUUGAGCUUGUUACUGUUACUGCGACACCAGAUGCCAGCCCCGUUACUGACGAUUCUGGCAAGAGCGUUGCUGCACCCUCCAGUUCCUCUGCACCAUUAGGCGACACAGAACUUGAAACGGGCCUGGACGCGACUUCGGGCUCUAUUAGCUUCGCUGCAGGAACUGCGACAGCUGGUGCAUUCUUUGGCAGACCAUCUGAUGGAGGAUGGGGCUCUUCGUACUCCGCUCCUGAAGCAUCAGCACCAGCAGCGUCAUCAUCAUCAGCCGUGUUCUCGGCUGCCCCAACCACGUUCGCAACCAUCCCAAGCCCUGCGGCUAGUUCGAGUGCCGCAAGCGGUACUUACUCAUCCGCAUCAUCCGCCUCCAGCUCCACGCCCAGCACCGGUGGAGGUUCAUCCGGGGGCAAGAAAGGCCUGUCCUACAACACCGCCUCUCUGACGGACGCUUUUGCAGGCAAGGGCAUUUCUUGGGUAUACAACUGGGGAGCAAGCCCUGACGGAACUCCCCUGUCUGGAACCGAAUACGUCCCCAUGUUCUGGGGCUCUCAGUCCGUUUCUGGAUGGUCCAGCGCCGUCCAGUCAGCAAUUUCCAGCGGUUCGAAGCACGUUCUAUCGCUCAAUGAACCUGACCUCGACACUCAAGCCAAUCUCGAUCCUGAAACUGCUGCCCAACUUCACAUUGCAAACGUUGCCCCCUUGUCCGGCCAAGUGUCCAUUGGUUCUCCCGCUAUCACCAACGGUGCCGGUACGAGCCCGCUCAUGGGUAUUGACUGGCUCAACCAGUUCUUCAAGGCGUGCGCCGGAAAGUGCAACAUCGACUUUGUAGCCUUCCACUGGUACGGCGAAGCAAGCAACUUCGCUGACCUCCAGCGACACACCCAGGCCGUGAUCGACGCCGCGUCUUCCAACGGCGUCAGCAAGGUCUGGCUGACUGAGUUCGGUACCACGACAGGCUCUGACAGCGACGUUGCAAGCUUCCUUUCGCAAGCUGUAGAGUACCUUGAUGGGCAGUCGGCUGUCGAGCGUUACGCCUUCUUCAUGUGCAGCGACGGCUUAUUGGUCAAUGGCAAUUCUAUCUCGAGCCCCAUCGGCAGUGCUUAUGCCUCCUGA